CAAUUUGGAUUUGGUGCGUUGCGUACUACGAUCUAAAAAUCUACGAUGGCUUCUUGAUCUUAGUGCUCUUCGAUUUUAGUUCCGAUCGACACUUGUCUGUGUCUCCGCCAUGGCCGCUCCUUUCUUCUCAACUCCUUUCCAACCUUAUGUUUAUCAGAGUCCACAAGAAGCUAUGAUACCUUUCCAGAUUUUGGGUGGAGAAGCUCAGAUAGUUCAGAUUAUGUUGAAGCCACAAGAAAAAGUUAUUGCAAAGCCUGGUUCCAUGUGUUACAUGUCUGGGUCCAUACAAAUGGAGAAUGUUUACGUCCCCGAAAAUGAAGCAGGUAUGUGGCAGUGGCUAUUUGGCAAGAGUAUGACUAGCAUAGUUCUUCUCAAUACCGGUUCAAGUGAUGGAUUUGUCGGAAUUGCUGCUCCUUCUUUAGCCAGAAUUCUCCCGAUUGAUUUAGCAAUGUUUGGUGGUGAACUAUUGUGCCAGCCAGAUGCAUUCCUUUGCUCCAUCAACGAUGUGAAAGUCACUAAUACAGUAGAUCUCAGGGCACGUAACAUUGUUGCCGGUGCAGAGGGAUUCUUGAGACAGAAACUAUCUGGUCAGGGACUUGCAUUCAUAGUUGCUGGUGGAUGUGUUGCACAGAAAAAUCUCGAUGUGGGUGAAGUACUUGCUGUGGAUGUUUCCUGCAUUGUUGCCUUAUCAGCAAUGGUCAACGUUCAAGUCAAAUACAAUGGUCCCAUGAGAAGGGUGGUCUUUGGGGGUGACAAUCUAGUGACAGCUAUUUUAACAGGACCGGGCAUCGUCUUCAUUCAGAGUUUACCCUUUCAUCGGCUUUCACAGCGCAUUGCUAGGGCAGUAACAUCUCCAACCAUGAGGGACAAUCCAAAGUUCUUUAUUCAGAUAGCCCUGUUCUUGUUCAUUGCUUAUGUCGUGAUUGUAUCGUCACUAAUCUUGACUGAUGUAUGAUUUGCUUCUUCUUCUUUUUGUUUAUAUAUAUUAUUUGUGCUUUUUUUUUUUUUUUAUAAAUUAUGUAGGGUCUUCUUACCUCUAUUUCUAGUUGUAAUGUUGCAGUUUUCCUUUUAAUUACAAAAAAUAAAUAAAUAGAAACAUAGUGAUGUACAUUGUUUGAUUGGAAA